AUGGUGUCCACUCGGCGAGGCACUGCAAACGCAGAGCCAGACACGGCUGGCAUUGGACAGCCCAGACCGCUCCGACAGGCGAGCGACACCAUACAUAUCAUCGUUCCCAGCGUCAAGAAGGUCGACAAAGCUCAGAAGAAUCGAAGGGUGCCAGAAACUCCUCCUAGAAUGGCGCUCUCCGGCAAUAUUAGUGAGCAUGAUCUCAGUCUCACAUCCCCGAGUACCGGCGAAUCUCCAGUGGUACUCACCAUCACGACGGCGAAGGAACGACAAGGCUCGACUGAUCCCACCGAUCGAACAGUCUCCUCCGCCCUGCGAAGGCUUGCACCUAAGCCUUUCGCAAACAUGAGCGGCAGCAGCCAUAAUCCAAUCAUCGUCGAUGGUACCUCACCACCUCCACGGCGAGCAACGCGAGCCCCGAAGCGCAGACAGAAACACAAGAAGCUGUCAGAACCGCAUCAGUUCAUCGGCAACGGAUAUAGGGAACUAUACAGUUACGGUGUCUCUAGACCAGCACUGGCAGCCAUGCCUGCGAACGGUAGCACAUUCACCGGGCACCAGAGUCACGAUAUCUAUCGAAUGAUGAGCGCGAAGAUCACUGCCGCGCCUGAAGUCAGCCCGAACGCAGCAUGGGGCCGACACACCCUCAAUGUACCUUUUGAAGUACAGUAUCCACUCUCCGCGCCGGUUCUUGCGCAACACGCGCCACAACACCAACCAGCAUAUGCGCAACACUAUCAUGUUCAAGUUCCUUCCAACACAUACGUCUUGCCAAUGGUUCCCUCUCAGAACGAGAACUCGCUCCGUAGGAGAGCUGUCCAUCACAUCCAAGAGUACUCACGAACUUCACCACAGAAGAGGAAGUUCGCCGAUGCUGACCUUGCUGAAACCAGCGAUGGUGAAGCCAAAGAACACCAGCGGCAUGCUCGACCGAAAUCGAGCCGUCCAAUUACUCAAUCAAAUGCCACACCUGCAUCCAGGGUACGCAACGUUGACCAACAUAGGAAUCACCCGCCGACAGUACAUCGAGACCCAGAUGCCAACCUCCUCAUCAGUCACCUCAUCGAGCACACCUCACUCAUCACAUCCUUGCUACAAGUCUAUCCUCACUCUACAGAUAAGAGAGGCUUACAGAAUGAUAUAUCGAUGAUGGUUCAGAUCCAGAAUCAAUACAUGAGUGCUUGGAUGGAGAGUGAAUCACUAAGCUCGCGCAAGAGAAUGAAGAGUGGCGGUGACGGUGGUGUCAGUCUGGCGAGCCACCCACGGCCUAUCAUCACUCCCGCGGUGGAUGUUCAGAAUGAAAAGGACCAUACAGUGCGUCAGGCUCUUUCUGCUGAUGCCGACAUGUGGCAAGAUGGUACAGGGCAUAGUGUUGCGGACGCGUUCGCGGUCGCACCUCAAUCGUCGCCGGUGGCGAGCACCUCUAAUGGAAGGAUAGCUGAUCCCAAGAGUAUACUUCCGACUGCAACGACGUCUCGUCAUCAUAUCCCGGGAAGGACUGGCACCGAAGACACCGUCGUCAAAACCCCACCACAGUCGAUUUCAGAUCCGGGAGCAACGUCGACGAGACACAAGGGUAUUCUCGUUACACCUAUUCGACGGGAAGCACCACAGACACUCGAACAAAUGUCCAAGGCGGCCAAUGACAACCCCAAGACUAUGAACUACAUGAGUCACCCGUAUACUCCUUCCAAAGACCUGAGAACUCCCACAAAACUACCUCCCCGCUCUGCCAGCUCUCCAAUCACACCAACUACCAAGAAUGACGCUUCGUCUCAACACCGAAAUGGCGAGUCUUCUUCUUCCCGCAGCAAGCGCAGCGCCCCUACACGACCUGUCCCCAGCCCCGAGCACGGCAAACUCCAAGUCCUGGGUACCAAGAACGCUUCAAGCAGCUUUCACAGUGAGAGCUCGAGCGACUUUGGUACCCGAAGGCCGGUGUUUCGAUUCGAACGACGCGUUGCGGGUGAAGGCGGGGAAGCUGAAGCGGAUGAUGAUGCGACACCGACUGUGAACGAGUGA